UUUUAUGAAAAAAAAUACAAAUCCCCACCACUUCCUUUUUUGUUUUACACACACCCCUCCCCACUUCCCUUCCCCAUUCCUAUUAUUAUUUCUUUCAAACGGAACUAGCACCACAACAACUUCUUGUCCCCACCAAUACCACACUCCCCCCAAUUUUUAAAAGCCUCAAAACUAUUCAUUUUUUUCCUUCCUUCUCGCGCGAAUGCUUUUUGUCCCCUUGUUGGAAAAUUAAUUCUUUUCUCACUUUUUUAUACUCACCCCUUCCUCCACUGUAUAUCCCUUUUCCCUCCUUAAUUCUACCACCUAAUAAUUUUAAGUCUCUAAUUCCUUUUGACUUUAUAUACAAAAGUAA